AUGGACGGCUCAACGACCGCCUUAUGCACUACCGGUGCUCAACACCACUCCAUCAUGUAUUCCACCAAAUGUCUGGUUCUGGUCUCGCAGCACAACUAUAGGGAAGCCUUAAAAAACUGCCUCACAAUCAUAUACACGGUUUAUAUCGAGAAUAUGGACGUGUCGUUGGAAGUGAUAGUAAGCAAUAUCCUCGCGUGCGUUGAUAUCCCACCGCCUGGCGGACCACAGAUACGAUUCUCAAUCGGUGCUAACGAUCGCCAGUUCCUUCAGCCGCCUCUAAGCCCUACCAUUCCUGUGACGGAAACGACAGUUUACAACCUGUUCGAGCAGUUGGGCAUCCAUUCAGUGGUGAAUCUGGUCUGUGCGGCCACUACUGAACACAAGAUUCUCUUCCAUUCGCGCUCUUUCUCUCGCCUAUCGGAUGCCUGUCUGGCGCUAACAGCUCUCAUGUAUCCCUUCGUCUACUGUCACAUCUACAUCCCUAUCCUCCCAUCCCCUCUCUUGGAAGUGCUGUCAACUCCCACACCAUUUCUGAUGGGCAUUCACUCAUCACUCAAGAAUGAAGUCACAGAUCUUUUGGACGUAAUAGUAGUGGACUUAGACGGGGGUUCAGUGACUAUACCGGAUUGCCUACGAGUGCCUCGUUUUGAUGAACCCCUUUAUUCUCAAUUAAUUACUCAUUUAUGUCAAGUAAUUCGUCCGCAACUCAUACAAGCGGACGACGCCUUCCCCUCUAGUCUUUACAAGCCAUCGACCCCUCAGUUCUUAGUAAUCUAUUCUAUACUUGUGUUCAUCUUUUGCUAUAUUUAUUCAAAUUGUCAUUCAUUUCAGGACAAAGAAAUCAGAGCCAUAUUCCUGCGAACAUUCACUCAAUUACUUCAGGGCUACCGAUCCUGUCUCACGAUUACACGCAUUCAUCCCAAACCAAUCAUUACGUUUCAUAAAGCUUCAUUUCUGGGCCAAAGAAAUUUAGUUGAGAGUGAGUUUGUGGUCCGUUUACUCGACUGCAUGUUCUUCGUGUCGUUUGUUCAGGAAAGGGGUCUUCCGUACAGACAAUGCGAUCUUUUCGAUGAACGAUUGAUUGUGAAUUGUUUUCUUCAGUUGUAUUCAACGCUUCAAAAUUUGUUUAAAGAAGAGCUAAGAAAUCCUGAUUUAGUGAUACAACACAUCAGAGACUUAGCGCAACAGUUCUACGCCAAUGAGAACCCGAACCCUCAGUCACAGACCUCUAAGUUUCCUCUACCGACGGACGGGGCCUUCACUCGCAUACAUUUGCCUCCAUUUCCCACAUUGAGUGCGGAGAAGGUUCAGGAAAUGGUAGACAACGAACAGAUCAAGAAAGAGAUGACAAUCACUAGACGUCUUAGCAAUAAGAAUAUGAACGUCCGAAUAGUGCCGAUGGGAACCUCCAUCUCUAAAGUCAAUGAUAUAUUCGGUGCCAAUGAUAUCAUCACAAACUCUGCGCGAAGACUGGAAGUGAUGCGAAAUUGUAUUAAUUGUAUUUUCGAGAACAAGAUAUCGGACGCCAAGAAGACAUUUCCAGCCGUUUUGCGUGCGUUGAAGACGAAAAACGCUCGGUUGGCUCUCUGUCAGGAGUUGGCGUUUCACGUGUCGGGCAAUAAGGCUGUGUUAGAGCACCAGCAGUUCGACCUUAUCGUACGGCUCAUGAACUGCGCUCUUCAGGACGACUCGCAUCUCGAUGUGAACGGAGUGGCGGCUAAUAUGUUGCCGCUGGCGAUGGCCUUCUGUCGAAAGCUGUGCACAAAUAUCACUCAAUUUGCUUUCACUUGCAUUCAAGACCACGCCGUUUGGUCUAACCCGCAGUUCUGGGAACAGACCUUCUAUUUGGACGUCGAGAAAGAUAUUAGGAAUCUAUACAAAGACCCGAAUAGUCAACAGAUAUCUCCAGAAGAUUCGAUGGACUUCUCCAGAGAUAGUUCCAGAGAUAGUAUGAUUGAAUCGAAACGAGUGUCACAUUUGCCACAACCUCUAGAAUUAUCUGCUCUGGAGAUCGCGGCCGAGCAGAUGAGGUUAAGUCCACAGUUGACUCCAGAAGUGAGUGACGAGUUGAAUAUCAAUGAAAACCAGACGGUCUUCGCUCAGGCCAUGCACUAUGCGAACAGAAUAAUCGCAUUGAGAAUGCCUUUGGACGCCGGCGUUCACAAGCCGUUGAAAUCGUCAGAAAGUGAUAACAAUUCGGUCUCAAACUUAACGAGUUCUUAUGCAUACGAUGGAAGCGGUUCUAACGGUUCCAACAAUAAUGACAACGAAUCCGGUUUCGAAGAAGACAAUCAUCAGACACAUAACGUCAACCAUUCAGAGAUCGGCGCAAAUGUGAUUAAGUUUGUGACGCGUUUUGUCGAUAAAGUAUUUACUGAAAGCAGUGUUAAAGAGGAUUUCAUCAAACAAUUACAUCAAGCGAUUCCCCAAUUGGUAGCCAUGCAUAUGGAAACACUUGGGGACGUUUGGCGCGAAAGUAAACGUUUGCCUCCCAUUACGAAACCAAAGAUCACGACACCUAAUCUGCUGGUCGGAGAGGAACUCACACUCCCGGGGCUUCGCUCUUAUCUCAUACACGAUGGUCGAGAUGAGGGUCAGUGCGGAGUGCCGUUUGGGACGCAACUCGUGCCCACCGAAGGCGCUAUAUUUGUGACAAACUAUCGAAUUGUAUUCAAAGGCCGUCCGUGCGAUCCGUUUGCCUCGGAAUCGGUUGUUGUCCGCAGUUUUCCGAUCGCAACCCUCACUAAAGAGAAACGAAUUAGCGUUCAAUCGAUUGCAUCGAUCGACCAGUUCUUACAGGAAGGUCUUCAGCUCCGGUCGAAUACCUUUCAGUUGAUUCGCGUGGCGUUCGAUGAAGAGGUCUCAUCGGAUGAGAUCGAGAACUUCAGGAAAUGUAUUAAUCGCGAGCGAACUCCGCCCACUAUUUUCCAUUUGUUUACAUUCACGUCACAGCUCAGUAUGACUCAGACCAGGCUUCUGCACCUUCAGAAGCAUAAGGAGAAGAACUCGACGUUCAAAGGCAUGGCUAAGAAGACACUGUUGAGGACCGCACAAAGAGCCGGAUUUAAGCCAAAGAGUAAUCGCAAAAACAAAUACAUUACCGACGCGUCGGGAUUUAUCCCAGGAAUGGCCAAAACCAUGUCUCCCACGAGGAAUAUGUCUAUUGAUAUAAUAGAAGAUAAGAAGUCAAUGGACUCGGAAUCGCUUCAAAGUAUUCAUUCAUCGAACACCAUAUCAUCGCCGGCGCCACACAUCCUAUUGAAUCACUUGAACGCCAAUAACGACAGCAAAACUUUGGAUAAAUUGCAAGAACUGUCUUACGUUAAGGACUACCAGAGACUAGGGUUGGGAUCAAUCGCUAGUUAUUACAGUUCAUCCGCUUCCACAACAAAGCUCUCGCGAUCUAAUACAGUGAUCGAGAGUUUCCGUAUCUCUGCAGUGAAUGCCAACUAUUCGGUGACAAAGAGCUACCCGGGACUGUUGAUUCGCGUGGCGUUCGAUGAAGAGGUCUCAUCGGAUGAGAUCGAGAACUUCAGGAAAUGUAUUAAUCGCGAGCGAACUCCGCCCACUAUUUUCCAUUUGUUUACAUUCACAUCACAACUCAGUAUGACUCAGACCAGGCUUCUGCACCUUCAGAAGCAUAAGGAGAAGAACUCGACCUUCAAAGGCAUGGCUAAGAAGACACUGUUGAGGACCGCACAAAGAGCCGGAUUUAAGCCAAAGAGUAAUCGCAAAAACAAAUACAUUACCGACGCGUCGGGAUUCAUCCCAGGAAUGGCCAAAACCAUGUCUCCCACGAGGAAUAUGUCUAUUGAUAUAAUUGAAGAUAAGAAGUCAAUGGACUCGGAAUCGCUUCAAAGUAUUCACUCAUCGAACACCAUAUCAUCGCCGGCGCCACACAUCCUAUUGAAUCACUUGAACGCCAAUAACGACAGCAAAACUUUGGAUAAAUUGCAAGAACUGUCUUACGUUAAGGACUACCAGAGACUAGGUUUGGGAUCAAUCGCCAGUUAUUACAGUUCGUCCGCUUCCACAACAAAGCUCUCGCGAUCUAAUACAGUGAUCGAGAGUUUCCGUAUCUCUGCAGUGAAUGCCAACUAUUCGGUGACAAAGAGCUACCCGGGACUGGUUGUGGUGCCAUACAGUACCAGUGAUGAAGCCAUUAGACGGCUCAGCCGUUUCUACAGACACUAUCGUUUCCCAGCCAUUACAUGGAAACACCCGCGAACUAAGGCACUGCUACUCAGAGGCAGUUGUUUUCACGGCAAGGGUGUCAUUGGCUUAUUAAAGGGACAGACGUCUGCCGGCGCCGGCGUUCACUCCACCUCUUCCGAGACGUCAACUAAUAUAGAGAACGAGAAGUUUAUAUCCGGGAUCGUAAGGGUGACGCCAUCUUGCUUUACAAGACAUCAAAACCGAAUUCUGGAGAACGGAUCCACUCUUAGUGUGAACUCAAUUCUAAAUCCUCGCGACAUAACAGCGACAACACCUGAAACCACUCGACGAGCGUUAAGUGGCGGCACUUCUGCCGCAUUCCAUCGCGCGAUGAAUACAUUGAGGAAUUCUGGCGGAAAAUCAGCCAUUGGUUCCCAAAUGGGAAAACAGUUGCAGAAGUGGUCCAACACUUCCCUUAAAGAUAAGCAUCGAAUCAGUUAUCCGACAGAUUCUCCCACUUCUUCCUCGUCUGAUUCGCAGCCAAAUCUAAAUCGAGCCGUUCUUUACAUCUUCGGGGAGAAGAAUCAGAUCAAUAAAAUAAAGACCGAAUCGUUCAGUAAUUGUGAUUUCAUUCCCGUCGACUUCCAUGAAGUGCGGGCCGUGAAGACCAGCUUCAAGAAACUGAUGCGCGCCUGCCUUCCCUCCACGGCUCCCAACAGUGCAGAUCCCGAGCAGUCAUUUCAUCGGCUCUUCGAGAACUCUGAGUGGUUGACACAAAUGCAUACCAUUAUGCAAAUCAGUGGUGCUAUCGUCGAUCUCAUUGACAUCCAGGGCUCGUCUGUUAUGGUGUGUCUCGAAGACGGCUGGGAUUUUGUGCCACAAAUUGUUUCCGUCGCCCAGUUAUGUCUCGACCCCUAUUACCGCACAUUCGAAGGCUUUCGCACUUUAAUAGAGAAGGAAUGGCUGGCAUUCGGCCACCGAUUCAGCCAUCGCUCCAAUCACACGGCCGCCACUCUCUCCUCUGGAUUUGCACCCAUUUUCUUACAAUUCCUCGAUAUUGUGCAUCAAAUUCACAGUCAGUUCCCGCUGUCCUUUGAGUUUAAUCAAUAUUACCUCAAAUUCCUGGCCUAUCAUUACGUGUCGUGUCGUUUCCGGACAUUCCUUCUGGACUGCGAGAGCGAGCGUUCAGAAGUCGGUUGGAUUAGUGAAGACGUGAAGUGCAGUCAUUCGCCAAAACACGACGAGUUGUCCUCCGAUGACGAGGAGGAGCAGCAGCUGAGAAGUGGUGCCAAUAAAUCGACCCUCACUUCAAGUAAUCAGAACUUCAAUUACAUCGGAACCUCGUUCUGGGAAUACGCGACCAAACUGUGGUCCAAAUCAUCGGUUUUCUUCAACUUUUAUUACGUUCCGAUCAUCAGUCAGGAGGGCAUGAGUAGCGACGCGGCUGUCAUUCGGCCCUCGUUUUGCAUCUCUUCACUCAAACUGUGGGACUAUUUCGUGAGCGAAGAGUUAGCUCACGGCCCCAGUUAUGACCUCGAAGUGGUUGAUAUGGAGCACCAGAGACUGGAAGUGCUCGAAGCGACUACCAGUGACUCCGACAAAACCAACAGAAACAAUAUCAGCGCCUUUUACGACUCAGUCAUCCAUUCCGAGCCAAACUGUUUCCAAAAUAUGUUGAAUUCCAUCAGAAGUCUUGAGGAGGAACUCAAUUAUAUGCCGCAGAAGUGGUUCACCGUUUGGGAUAAAAUCGAGAUCCCAUUGAACACCGAUAUUCACGAAUCGAUUAGUAGCCAAUCCGGUCGUUCCCUGACUUACAGUACUCACAAGCGGUCGACAAUAGAUCUGUUAAUUCGCGGCAAAAUGGCCGGAAUGGGAGCCAAUAGUUGUGAUAAUCAACUCUAUAUGAAUCGGAACCAUAAGUUUGAAAAGUAUAACUACACGACACUCACGCAAUGCGAUCACUGCAGACACGUGUUGUGGGGUAUCGUCAAGACUGGUCUCAAAUGCGUUGAUUGCGGAUUCAAUUGUCACGAGAAGUGCGCCGAAAUGGUCACAAAGAACUGUCAGCCAAAGCGAAAGAUGUCUGCCAAUCAAGACUCGGGAAUGGGCUCAUCGACGGUCUCGCAGAGGAGUACUACACAUGAAGUGCUCAAUGAAGUGGUUGACGAGCAAAGACAUGACUCUAACGAUGAGAACGGCGGUACUCUUCAGCACUCGAAUACAUUUUAUAACAACUUCUCGACAAUGGUCUCCGAGAACCGCACUUACGAGGGGUAUCUCUAUAAGAAGGGGGCGCUCCUGAAAGGCUGGAAAAUGCGUUGGUUUGUCUUGGACUCCACCAAACAUCAGGUACACACCACCAGAGAGUGA